CUGCAGGCAGAGGGGUGUUAUAUACUCAGAUCACGUAGUUGAUGAGUUAUUUGAUUUCUUUACUGCCUAUGAUUUACUGAUCUGCUAAACUUAAGUUUCAUUUUAUCAAGUUUGGUAAUUUACAUUGUAGCUCGACAAUUUGGAAAGUGUAUUGACAAGCCAGGUUAAAACUGGUCUUUACGGACUCGUGUGUUAUGAACAAUAUAAACCAUGUUUUUCAAGUUGACCCCCCAAAAUAUUAUUUCUUUAAAGUGUCGGUAAACCAUAUGAAAAAUACAGUAAACGUAUAGCUAAGUAUUAGUCUUAAAAUCAGAGCAGAUUGUCUUUCAAUUCAGAGCCUGAUGGAACGCGUGUAAGACUUGGUGAAGAAUAUCAAACCCUGCCUACAUAUAAGAGUAUCGUAUCCAACCUUUAACAAGAGUGGCAUGUGGGUGAUGGCGCGGGCGGUGGUGGUGGUGGGUGUGGUAGUGGUGGUUAGUGUGGGUGGACAGGAGCACCACAAGUGGGACUACCUCGACUCCUCCCUCAACAACACCAACGGCAGCUCGUCCUCCACCACGGCCUCCUCACCCUCCACCACUACGUGGAAACCAUCUGUUGCGCCGCGCAUAUUGUGCGAGGAAGCACGCAUUAAGUGCGCUCUACGGGGCGGAUGCGGCAUGGCGCUGCAAAACUACAUGCUGGGGUGCGCUGAUCUGAUGAGUGGCCGCAUCGACUAUUGUGACGAGUACUGCAAGAACUCCCUCAUCGCCCUCACCUCCACCGAGGAGGGUCACAUACUAAUGGACUGUGUAUGUAGCGACGACUACUGCCGGGAGACGAAGGCGCGGGUGGAGGUGUGCCGGGAGGAGGUGGUGGUGGCCAAUGCAGACUCGUCGGUGGUGUCCUGUAGUGUCGCUCACUGGAUCUGCUCAGCUGACACCCUCUGUUCCACCGCCAUCGGCUACUACGACCGAUUUUGCCGCAAGAUGUUUGCCGGCAAGGGGUGCAGCCACAGGUGCAAUAACAGCAUCUCAAUCCUGCAGCGUCAGAAGGCGGCGGCCAAGCUGGAGACGUGUGUGUGUGACGGGACGGAGGCCUUCGACUGUGCUGGCAUUAAGCUGAACAUGGCACGCCUCUGCUUCCACCAGUUUGACGAAGAGCAGCUUGAAAAGGAGGAGGAGGAGACUAACGAGGUGGAUACAACCGCCGCCUCCAAGGCCAGGUUGAACUCUGCGCCGGGGCUCCGUACCGACCAAAAUGUGCUGUGGUUGACGACGGUGGUGUACGCCCUUAUCUCGGCUGUUGUUCGGUGGAGAAGAUCAAUAUAUUAGGAAGUGGAGAGAGCGAAGUGUGAACCUCAGGAUCAGACGUCGAGAGUACUCAGGGCUCACACAUCACAACAACCACGUCACAGAAGACUUUGGAAGUCAACAAGAUCGCUACAGAAAAUCUAGGCGGCAACAGGAAUAUUACAUAAAACGUUAAAACAUUAUAAAUAACGUCACUAUAAAGGAAACGUCAGAAAGAACAGACAAGAAAAGUGAAAACAGAAAAGAACAUAACAGAAACAUAAACGUUAAGAGACAAAAAUGACGACAGAAAUAAUAAGCACAAAACGUAAACACUGAUAACAGCAUCACUAAUCGUAGACGUUUAAGGUGUCAAAAUAAUGAUGAUCUGGAUUCGUGAACAUGGCUUCUUCAUGGAUCAACUGGACAGAGAGAUGUAGUCGUGUGUUCCCUGGGUUUCUCGUAUCUGUACAGCCAGAAAAAUUACCACAAAGGUUCUGAUUUAUCUAGAUCUUCUCAGAGAUAUACGGGAACUUGGAAGACUGUUUACCGUGUAUUAUUUUGUGAAAUAGUUGAAAAGACGGGGUCAUUAGCCUUCAGAACAGAAAUCGGUGGAGACAUUACGUGUUUUCCUCUACAAUAUACAGAGUCGUGUUAGUUUGACUUCUUGGAGGAAUCAAAUGUUAACUCGCCUCACAGUUCUUCCUGAAAGUGACGCUAUAUUGAUCAGUUUGGUGCUGCGGGAUGAAUACUGAUUUAGACACAAACUCUGAAGCAGAAUGUUGAGAUGUGAUUAUCAGGGAAUUUUAUAAACGGAAGUAUUUGUGUUGGAAUGCUGUUCAAGGACCUAAUGCAGACUAUUAAAACAAGUGAAAGUCUCUCGUACAGUGAAAGUGCUGACAGUCUCCUAAUAAAUUGGAAACUGACGCUGAUAGUCAAGAAAGGAAAGAUGACUUGGUGUUUAGCAGUUCUCCAACAAGAAAUAUUUGACGACGACGACCAGAGAGGAAAAACUCUUAGGUAGCUGUAAAUUUUAUAUAGUUUUAAUUGUACUUAAAACAACAUGGACACUUACCGGGAGUUGACCUUGAGUGUGUGUUAAGGUUAGUUUACAAUACCAAGGAAAGAUAAUGAGUUAGAUGAUGAGAGGUUUAUGAUAUGUUUAAAAACUUAACUAAAUUGAAUGGAUAUAUAGAACUUACAAAGAAACGUCUGCCUGCCUGUCUGUCUGUCUCUGUCUGUCUGUCUGUCUGUCUGAUGGUGAAGCUUGAUACAGCAGAUUAGUGUUUAGUCAUGUCUUAAAGGAAAAAAAUAUAUAUAAAAAAACCUGUCUAUUUAUAUCUGAUAAGCUGAAGCCGUUACCCACUUUUGAGUCCAUUAUGUGAAGAAACGUAAUGUACAGGUGGAAAGUGGGCAGUUCUACCAGGUGAGGAGAGGACAUCAGUACAAAUUGAAGAUUGGAAUGUACAAAUUGGCACAGUACAGUACAUCUAAAACUGGAAUACUUUAAAUCCAACACUAAACUAACCUCUUGAGUAAUAGUCUUUACAGAUGUGGGUGUUGUCUCCCAAACUUGUAGACCAAAAUAAAAAAAAUAAAAGAAUUACUUGAACUGUGUGAAUCAGACAUGUGAACAAAACUACUACAUAUUUCUUUAAAGUCUGAAGUGUAUUACAGAGAUGUACAGGAAGGCACAGGACUCUACAGCAGCUAGAAGAUGUAGACGGAGAUGUAGAUCAAUUAGAUGUUCAGUGAAUUGUUGAGGGCGUCAAAAGUCUCUCUACCAGUACUUCGUAUAAGUAAGUCGGUUAAUUCUUCUCACUUUGUUUGCGCCCAUUGUCACGUUGCACAAGUAUACUAUCUGUAAAUAUUUUUUUUUAAGUUAAGAUUUACGUGGUUAGGAUUCCAAGUAGUAGGGAACGUUGUUAUACCUCAUUCCAAUUGUGUGUUUGUGUCCAAUUGUGUGUCUGUGUCCAAUUGUGUGUGUGUGUCCAAUUGUGUGUCUGUGUCCAAU